UACUCUCCCCUUCCCUGCAACAUUCAAACCAAAAAUCUUUUCCCUAUACAAAACAACUCUCUCUUUAUUUCAAAAACAAAAAUGGAGAAUGGUACUAAAAAACUUAAUGUUUCCUCUUCACUACAAGUUGAAGAACAACCUUUGCCAAAAUCCAAACUAUGGAAAAUCUGUAUGGUAGCUUCUAUAGCUGCUGGUGUUCAAUUUGGUUGGGCACUUCAACUUUCUUUACUUACACCAUAUGUUCAAUUACUUGGUAUCCCACAUAGAUUUGCUUCUUUUAUUUGGUUAUGUGGACCUAUUUCUGGUAUGAUUGUUCAACCAGUUGUGGGUUAUUAUAGUGAUAAUUGUAAAUCACGUUUUGGACGUCGUCGGCCGUUUAUUGCUGCCGGUGCUGGACUUGUUACAAUUGCUGUGUUUCUAAUUGGGUUUGCUGCUGAUCUUGGACAUGCUUCUGGUGACACACUUGGAAAGGGAUCUAAACCUCGUGCUAUUGCUGUUUUUGUUGUUGGGUUUUGGAUCCUUGAUGUUGCUAACAACAUGUUACAGGGCCCAUGCAGAGCACUAUUGGCUGAUUUGUCCGGUGGAAAAUCCGGCAGAAUGAGAACAGCAAACGCUUUUUUCUCAUUCUUCAUGGCUGUCGGAAGCAUCCUCGGAUAUGCCGCAGGUAGCUACCCAAAGCUCUACAAAGUAUUCCCAUUCUCAAAAACCUCAGCUUGUGACAUCUACUGUGCAAAUCUCAAAUCUUGUUUCUUCAUCGCAAUCUUCCUUUUACUCUCCUUAACAACCUUAGCCUUAACCGUCGUACGAGAAAACGAAAUCCCAGAGAAAGAAGAACAAGAAAUAGACGACAAAGUUGGAAAACCAAAAGUACCAUUUUUCGGUGAGAUUUUUGGUGCUUUAAAAGAUUUACCAAGACCUAUGUGGAUUUUACUAUUAGUAACAUGUUUAAACUGGAUUGGAUGGUUUCCUUUCAUCUUAUAUGAUACUGAUUGGAUGGCUAAGGAAGUAUAUGGUGGUGAAGUUGGUGAUGGGAGAUUAUAUGACUUGGGUGUACAUGCUGGUGCAUUGGGGUUGCUUUUGAAUUCUGUUGUGUUAGGGUUUAUGUCACUUGGGAUUGAGUUUUUUUCGAAGAAAAUUGGUGGAGCUAAGAGAUUAUGGGGUGUUUUGAACUUUGUGUUGGCUAUUUGCAUGGCGAUGACUGUUUUGGUUACUAAAAUGGCUGAGAAAUCAAGAACGUAUAACGCUGCUGGUGUACUUAUGGCGCCUUCGUCUGGUGUUAAGAUUGGUGCUUUGGCUCUCUUUACUGUUCUUGGUAUGCCACUUGCGGUGACUUAUAGUAUUCCAUUUGCUUUGGCAUCUAUAUUCUCUAGUAGUUCUGGUUCAGGACAAGGUUUGUCACUUGGAGUUCUGAAUCUUGCAAUUGUUGUACCACAGAUGUUGGUGUCAGUGGUGGGAGGGCCAUGGGAUUCCUUGUUUGGAGGAGGGAACUUGCCAGCAUUUAUAGUUGGUGCAGUUGCAGCUGCAGCAAGUGGUGUUUUAGCACUCACAAUGUUGCCAUCUCCACCUCCUGAUGCUAAGCCAGGGGCCACAAUGGGCGGUUUCCAUUGAGAAUAAUACUAAUAACAAAAGAAGAAGAAGAAACAGCCUUUUUUUUAAUUAGCUCUUCUCUUUUGUAACCUUUUUUAUUGGUCUUUGUAGAAAACAAACAUAAUAUGGAGGCUAUCUUUACAAGUGGCAUGUCCAUAUAUUUCUCUCUUUUCAUAAAGCACUCUAGGAGGAAGAUUGAAGGAUCUGUCGUAGGCCUUUCUUUUGUUCCAAACCAAUGUGGUGUGUGUGAAGUUGUUUUCACUUUGUGUGUAACAAGAAAUUGUCCAGUAUAAGAUUGUCUGGGCAAAUGCUUUGUAUCUUAAUUUUUUUCCUCUUUUUUUUGUCAUUUUCUUUCUUGGAAGGUAGGAGAAAAAGUGGUUGAGGGCGGAAGUGGGGUACUUGGUGUUGGUGAAGCUGGGGAGAUUUAAGAAACUUGUACUUAACGUGGAAUCAAAAUUGAUCAAUCUAUAUCUAUCUUUUUUCC